AUGUGUGAAAAAAGAGGAUGAAGAGGGCGAAUGCUGCUGCUGCUGCCGCGUCAGCGACAGCGAUCUGAGUGUUUAAGUGAUUUAUAGUUAAACCAGACAAGAGGCUGUUGGGAUGGGAGAGAUGUACUUCACAGAUUGGCCCUAUUUGUACCGGCAGGAAGCUUUACCUGACUUUCAACCGCUGCUUGACCUGGCCUUGAGGAAGGUUCCAGAAAUUUCCAUGAACUUGGAUGCUGCCUCCAAGUACCACGUGAUCUCUGACCUUCCCGCCACCAGGCAUCUUGUGGCCGUGGUCGCACAGUUCCAGAUCUUCAAGGCCGCCUGUCAGAUGUCCGGUCACCAAGGUCAGCUCCAUACCUGUCACUUGGACGGCAGCCUAGAGCUCGGCAACAAGCUCAAAAAAAUGCUCCAACUUGGCAACUCACGUCCCUGGCCAGAUAUAUUGGAGAUGCUGACAGGUUCAAGGACGUUGGACGCUGGGCCUCUGCUCGAGUUCUUCCAGCAGCUGUACGCGACCCUACAGUUUCCCAACGGCUACAGCUUCGGCUGGACGCCCCCGUGCUCCAAGAUGGACGAGAGGUUCAACUUGGCGCGAGAUUUCAACGAGACUGAAGUCGGCAUGGCUGAGUCCAGGGACUACGAGGAGCUGUUGAGGGCGUGGGAGGGAUGGCGAGACGCCACGGGACCCAAGAUGAAGGACAUGUAUGCUGAGUUUGUGGAGCUGCAGACGGAAGCCGUUAAGUUACAAGUUACUGUUCCAGAAUUUAAGCCAUCAAACAAGGCCGUUGAGACUGAUAAAUCAGUUAAGAUAGAUAAUUCACCUCCCCAACACCUCUCUGGAGAUGGUGUCAACGAGGCUGAAUUAAGAUUGAGGAAAUUACAAGAAAGCCAACUAAACACAAUUCCAUUUGAUGCUUUGGAAUUUGAAAAAGAUGACAGCAAUGGUCAGAUUUAUUACAUAACCUUCACUGCAAACCUUCAUGCACAUAAACAUACGAGACAUGUUUAAAAUCAAAAGAAUAGCAAGCCGUAUUGUUCCUGCAAUUGCUACAACUACGUAAAAUGAUUCAUGUAUGAAUCUUAAAAUAAAAAUAAAUAAAUUUAGAAACAGUUUUAUGAAAUGUAAAUUUUUAAAUCUCAUGCAGGGUAUAACGUUGCUGUGUAUAGAGACUUUUAGUAGAUUGUUUGAUAUUUCUUAAAAUUCUUUGCAUUUCUUUAAAAGAAUGGCAAAGAUAUCAGUUAAGCUUUUUAAUAUGGGUAAGAUAAUUAUCUUAUGCCAUGUUUUAAUAACAGUUAGAUAAGCAGGUUGUAAAAUAUUCAUGUGGUGUCUUUCAAUAAAUAUAAAGGUAUUAAUUUAGUCAUUCUCUGUUUAUUCAAAUCAUAAUAAGGCACACAAAAAAAGCACAACUCUGUUUUGCCUUGCUUAUUUUUAUUGAAUUUUUGUAACGUUCCAUGAAUUUUAAUUGGGGUCACAUUAACUUCUCCAAAUUUUACACCUACUAUUUUUUAAUGGUAUUAAUACUGCAUCAUGAGUCAUACAUUUUAAAAAUGUAUCAGCAGUAAAUUUCUUGCUAAUCUUGUGACAAGUUAUUCUAAAUUUUUGAUUUACCUGACAACGGUUUCCUAACAUCAAGUAUGGCAUGGAUAAGUUGUAUCAUUUGUAAAGAUGAAUGAAGAAUAAAUCUUAACAUUUGUUAUUUGAAUGAGCACUUAAUAAAAUCAAUCGAAACUUUUUUGUAGAGAACAUUUUAAAUUUUUACUGCAUUGCCUUCUGUAAUAUUAAACAUUGAGGUAAAAUUUGUCAUAAUAAUUUUUUUUUUUACCCUUUUCACUGAAUCAUGAAUAUGAGUAUUUAUAUUUAAUUCACAUGGGUUGAACAUUUCUAUUAUUAUUUCUAUUAUUAUUUGUAUUAUUAUUUAAAGAUGUAAAUUUG